CACUCUUGCACGUGGGUCUGUUUAGCGUUUAUAAUUUUUUAAAAUGUCCUCUUCGUUUUUUCUGAAACCUGGCGCCGCCAAACAAGCCUUAAAAAAACGAAAGAAUAUCGCCAGUAAAGGGAAAGCUGGAGGCAAGACAGGAGGUAAGAAACAAAAUGCAACAGCUCCGCCGCCCAAAAAACAACGUCGUGCAAAAGUAGAUGAUGAGGAAAUUGCCAGCGACGACGAUGAGCUUAGUAAUUUGGGCGACGACACGUUGGUCUUCUCGGACGAAGAGGUAGAGGAAACGGCACAAGACAAACGCCUGCGAUUGGCCAAGCAGUACCUGUCGGAGAUUGAGAGACAAGAGGCAGAACGCGAAGGCGAUCGCGAGCUAAGUCAGAGUGUAGAGCAACGUUUAAAAACUGAAUACUUGGAUAGUGUGGGCAAGCUACGAACAACCAUUGCCGCAAAUUUAACAUCAUGUGAAAUCGAAAAUAUAUUGAAGCACAGAUUGCACCACGCUCCACUGUGUACGUUGGCCUUAAGUUCAGAUGGCAAACACUUGUUUACGGGCGCCAAAUCGCAGUAUGUGCUCAAAUGGUGCACGGCAAGCGGCAAAAUGUUGGACAAAUGCGAUGUCCAGCCGUAUCGUGAGGAACCUGAAACGGGCAAAAAGCGCAGAUCCCAUGUCAUAGCCAUUUGCCUUUCGACGGAUAUGAAGUACAUGGCGUUAGCCGAGGGAGGACCACACAUACAAAUUUGGUGUCCACAAACGAUGAAGCAUGUGAAAACCUUCAAGGGGCAUAGGGAUAGUGUGUCUGCGCUGGUGUUCCGCAGGGGUACGCAUGAACUUUAUUCGGCGGCCAAAGAUCGUUCAGUCAAGAUUUGGUCAGUGGAUGAGUUAGCCUAUGUAGAGAGCUUAUUUGGUCACCAAGCAGGCGUUACCAGCAUAGAUGCAUUGAGUCGCGAGCGAGCCCUGACAGCUGGUGGUUCGGAUUGCUCUUUGCGUAUUUGGAAGAUUACAGAGGAAUCGCAGUUAAUUUAUAACGGACACAGAGAUAGCAUAGAUUGCGUUAAACUAAUAAAUGAAGAGCACUUUGUUUCUGGUGGCGUUGAUGGCACCCUCGGUCUUUGGAGCGCUUUAAAGAAGAAGCCCAUAUGCACAACUCAACUGGCACAUGGAAAAGGCGACAAUAACGUUGCGAAUUGGAUUACAGCCAUAGCCGUAGUGGUUAAUACAGAUCUUGUGGCAACAGGCUCUUGCGACGGCUGCGUUAGACUGUGGCAAUCAAAUCCAAAUGCCCGCAAGCUGCAACAACUGAAAAGUAUAUCCAUUGCUGGCUUUAUUAAUGGUCUGACUUUCAAUUCCGAUGGUACAAAACUAUACGUGGCCGUAGGGCAGGAACAUCGGCUGGGUCGUUGGUGGCGGCACAAAGAUGCUAAAAACCAUAUAGUUGUAAUAAAUCUUAAAUUUCUUAAGCCUGCCCGCAAAUAAGUUAAGUGUAAUUUUUAAUUCAAAAAUUGUCGCUAAGUAACAGCAAUGUAAAUAAAAUAAACA